UUAAAGGGAAUGGAUGAGUUGGAUAAUAAGCCAUUUUACACUGUAGCAGAUGUAUACAAAACCAGAAGGAACUUCACGGUAAGGUGAUAAAUGGGGGAUGGGGUGGAAUUGUCACUCUUCAUAAAUAUAAGAGGUAGUUAGAAUCUGGAAUAUGUUGCAUGAGUGUUGGUGAAGACUGUCGACAUUGUUUAUAGAUGAUCACUUUAAGGCAUGGAAGGCUAUGAGCCAAAUGCUGGAAAUAGGAUUUGGUAUAAAGUUCAAAGUGCAUGGUCAUCGUAUACAACACAUUCAUUUUCCUGUGGACACAUUCAGCAAAUCUAGAAUAGUAACUAACUGGAUCAGUAAAAGAUCAACCAGAAUGCAGAAGAUGACAAACUGCAAAUGCUAAUACAGAAAUGAGUCGUCAGACUGCCACAGCACUCCCAACAGCAAUAUUCCAAGAUAGAUGAAGAUUGGCAACCUAAGUUACACUUAUUCAUGCAAGAUGGACUAUGAUUGUGUACACUGUGGCCCUUUCCAGUGGAUGCAAGGAAUAGAAUAAAUGGUACAAAUCAGUAUUAUGAAAACCUGUCACUAAACUGAAUCAGGUUUGUUUGAAUAUAGGUAAUCACUCCACUUCUUUGGUUGAUAAGAAACUUACCAGCAUCAAAAUACAAAUCAGAUCGAGAAGCACUGAAGUAAGUGGUCCACUGUCAAAUGCAUUACACUGAUUGUCAAGUGUGUUUAAAUAUCAAAUCUCAUCUAAAAACAAUCCUUGCUUUUCUGACAGACAUUUCCCCUUUAUUCCCAAAGCUUCAAAAAUAUGUGCUAUAGAGGAAUUCUGGCUUUCUGAAUAAAAUGACCAGAAAUAAAUAAUGCAGUCGUCCUCUGUCUUUAUCAUUAAAUAUAGUUUCAUCUUCUCCACCCUAGCUCAUGCCUCCAAAGAUUCCUUAAAAGCAAAGUGUUUACUAUGAAUCAUGUAAUAUUUGUUAGAAAUUUGCCUCAGUGGUGCAAUUAACAAAUUACCUCAAAACUUAAUUUACAAAUUGAUUUGUGAAUACUGCAGAAAGUAGGACAACACACUGGAGAUGCUAAAAACUGUUCAAUUAAUGGCAAGCUCUUGGAAUCCAAGCUGGGACUCUUAAAACCAAAAACAGAUCUUAUUCCUUGAAGAAAGAUUUGGAAAUGGUAGGAUUAUACAAAACAUUAAUUCCAACCAUUUAAAAAAAAUUUAAAACCCUCAUUAUCAGCAUUCUCAGAGAUAUAUGGAAAAAGAGAGAUUAAGAGGAGAUCUACCAAUGAGGUGAGGAGAAUAGAUAAGGUGACAAACUCUUUAAUUUACAAAAAUAUAUCAACUAAUAAGUUUACUCCGCUGCGAAGUCUCUCCGAGGUGUGCGAACUUCUGAAGAAGUUUAAAUCUUCUCUUCAAUGGGAGUUCAGUGAGACCAUUUCUCACUGCUCACCCUCUGUGAUCUCCGUCUCUCUUCGCCUUCCACCCUCCCCCCCCACCUUUUUUCAUAGGGCCCCUACCCCCUCCUUCUUCAGUCCUGACGAAGGGUCUCGGCCCAAAACGUUGACCGCUCACUUCAAUGGAUGCUGCCUGACCUGCUGAGUUCAUCCAGCUAGUUUGUACGUCUUAAUAAGUACAGGCAGACUGUAGAUAAACCAUUUUCCCUAUAAGAAAAUUCAGUUUUCUAUAGAUAACUAUAUUGUAUUGCUUUGCAUACACUUAUAAUUUUUGCCUUUUCAUACAAUAAUACAGCAUUGGAACAGGUGCUUUGGGCCACAAUGUCUUUGCCAAAUUAAACUAAAUCUCUUCUGCCUUUGGAGUAUAAAAGUUGCAUUGUUUGCUGUGUAACCAAAACUAUAUAGUCAGCUUUGAGCUUGCUAUUUGCUAUGCAUGUAUCUAGUUUAUUAGGAGAAUGAAAUCUUAAGAAUGUAGAAGACAAUGGUGUGUUAAUGAGAGGUAGCUAAGAGAUGUAGAUUAGAACAUGAUUAAGUCAAUGCAAAGAAACAAUAGUGGUGGAUGUACUUGUGAUAUGCAACUGUAGACCCAUUGGAUAUGCUAAUGGGAUUGCUUUAAAAAAUCCUAUGUAAAAUAGCUCAAUGACUGUCUCAGCUUUGAUUUGCAAAUUAAAGUUUAAUACUUCUUGAAGAAUCUUCUGCGUCUCCUGGUCGUUUGUGGGGCACGAGAAACCACGACAAAAUUGGCGACCGCGGCAGGACCAGAAAGAAAAGGAAAUGGCAGAUUGGGGACGCUUCCUAGUCCUCUAAGGACCCCCACAAGGCUAACAGAAUUAAGGGUGCACACAAACAAAAGGUAAGCGCUUUUUGCGACAAUUUGGACUAAGAAUUCUGUUGGUUUUGGGGAGGUUUUGGAGUCUCAGAAGUGUGGAACCACUGCUGAAGGGUCUCUCCGGUCCAAAGAAUCUGGCAGAAUUGGGGGUUAACAGGAGGCUCAGAGGAUUGAUCAAGAACACUGCAGUGAGGGUAAGUACAAAUAAGCUAAUAAGAAGUUAAGUGAAGAAGAAUUCCACGUGUUGUUGGUAAGUCCCUGUGGAUACCGCUUCGUAUAAAAUGAAGGUCUGAACGGGCAGGGAAAGGGAAAAUAGAGAAAAUCCCUGUGGAUACCGCUUCAUAUGAAAUGAAAGUCUGAACGGGCAGGGAAAGGAAAAUAGAGAAAAUCCUCGUGGAUACCGCCUUAAGAAAUAAGGGUCUGAAUAGACGAGGUACAAAGAGAAAGUUCUGUGGACUCCGCUCUAAAUAGAGGUCUGUACAGGCAGAACAGAAUAGGGAACAAGACAAGUCCAAUAUAUAGUUUAAAGUGCUGGUAGAUAGACGAUAGAAUUAGAGUAAAUAAUAUUAUCCAGUAAACAAACUGUGAAUCUCUGAAAUACCUUAUAAAGAGAGAACAACAUGACAGGUAAAGGAAUGGCAGUAGAGAUUCUGAGCAAAAAAAUCCCAGUAAAUAAAUAUGAGAUCACAAAAACUUCAGAAAAAUGGGAAAAGAGAACCAAAAACCUGGUCACAAAAUGGCCAAGAGAAGGAACGUUUGAUGUAAGCUUUUUGCGAGGAAAUGGAGGCACUAAUUAAAAAUUACAAACCAAAAGAUAAGUCUAAGAAAAGAGGGCAAAAAAGAGAAUGAGAAAUGGCAGUGCUAAAACUCUUCAGAACGGAGGGAGAAAGGCUGAGGAGGACAGGUAGAAUAUUGAUUACAAGUGAGGAAGACACUAAGGUGCUGGAGAAACAGCCUGUUAGAGAGAGAGGAAGGUACAGUGAGAAGCUGGCUUCAGCUCCGUACCUGGAUGUGAAAGAAACAGUAAAGCCCCCUCCCUAUAAUGAGGAAGGAACCCCUAAGCAGUGCCCCCUGCUGAUGGGAACAGUAAACAUGCAGGGAGAAGUACAAAUUUGGGAUAAUGAGAAGGAAAAAAAACAAUACAAGAAGGAAAAAGCGGUGAUAUGGAAGGAGAUACAGGCAGAAAGGAUAAAGGUGGAACAGGCAAAGAAGAGAUUGAACGGAUGAAAUACUUGAGAGAGGAAAAGGAGUAUGAGGAGUAUCGGUUAUACCAUAGAAAUAAACAGACUAGUGUUAUGAAUGUACCACAGCUCUGAGGGGCCAAAGGGUGCGGGGUAGCCCCCUCCUUUGUGAGAAUCACAAGAUCACUAUUGAGUCAGUUCAGGAGACCCAGGAAAUGAGAGAGAGACGGAAUUGUGUAUUACAAUACUGUGCUUCGUGGAAGCCCUCAGGCAAAGUGGGCUGGUUGUUGGAGGGAUUGCAUCAUCCCUACCUGAUUGACAUCUGCGACCCUGUGAGUCAGGAUAAAAGAGGAUCUGUGGGAACAGCCCCUCAGAUGCACCAGAAGAAAUGCUAGCGAUCCCGUAAUAGCAAAAGCCAGUGGGAAGGCCACGUGCAUCUGUUUCCAUUUGCCCCAGAAUCGGCAGUCCUUUACCACGGAAGAACGGUUUUUAGUUAACAACGGAGAAAUCAACUCCCAACGACUCUCGAAGGAUUGACAUCAUAAAAGGACUGGGCAAGUUUUAACCCGUCUCUCUCUCAAACCAAAACGCUGCAGCUUGAAUGAACCAAAGUGACUUUUAUAUUUCCAUCCGACAAUACAUUAUCCCCUAGACAACGAUAGAGCUAUUUCUUAUGGAUUAUUAUUAUACCCGCGCUUUUAGAUUUAGUAUUGAUGACGUAUAUUAUCUGUAUGUUUGCACUGAUAUUAUUUUGUGUAUUUUUAUCAAUAAAUACUGUUAAAAAUAGUACCAUCAGACUUCAACGGACCUCUCUAUCUUUGCUGGUAAGUGACCCAGUUACGGGGUACGUAACACUAGAAAAGAAAGUGGCUCAUCAGGGCAGGAAGAGAUGAGGCAUUCAAGAGGAAGUGGAAAAAAGAUAGAAGAUGAGAGUCUUGGAGAAAACACAACAGAGAAGUUAAUCAAGCACGAGUAAGGAUCAUGAGGAGUUCCUGCCACAGGUGUACAGACACGGACAGGAAGAAAGAGAAGAUGACUCAUUGGAGGAGCAAGAGUUAAGUGGAGAGAGAGUGGAUGUGCGAAUUUGUGGGGAAGAGGUAGGAGGCAGAAGCCUAGAAGAGCAGAAGGAGGCAGUAGGGGAGCGACUUGUGGAAGUAGAGAGAGUGCUAGAUAAGUUACUGAGAGGGGAUUGCCAGAGGAGAUGCGAAAAAUACUCCAGGGGCCAACCAAGUAUUGAAUCAAGACAGAAAGGAAGGACUCCACAGGGAGACCGAGGGAAGAAGAGGACCCCGGAGAAAUUUGUGUGGGAGGCAGUAAAGACAUACCCUGAGACAGAUGGGGAGUCAGGUGAGGAGGAGAGCCAGGGCAGAUGGAAAGGAGGAGGAAGAAUGAUGCCAUUGUUAGUUAAAGGAUCAGGACAAGUACAGUACAUCCCUUGGGAUCUCAGGACCUAAAAGGGCUGAAAAACACUCUGCCCAAUCUACAUGAAGGAGCAGGAAAAUGGAUUAGAGCCUUUGAAGAAGAAACAGCGGGAUGAUUAUUGGCUAUGGGAGAUUUGAAGGCACUAUUGAUAAGGUUGAUGGGAACCUCCAAAUUUAACGAACUAAUGGAAAUGGCUGGCAUAGUAAACUCAAACGACCCAGGAACUGAUGGAGACGGGUUUAACAGAGUGAGGCAGAGGGUAUGGCAGGCCCUCAGGAAGCUUUAUCCACCCAAAGUGGACCCCAAAGCCUUAAAGGGGGAUCCACUGGGAGACACUGAAAACCCAGCAGCUUAUGUAGAAAACCAGUUGAAAAGGUGGAGACUGGAGACUUAGCAAGAGGUGGAAAAUAGCUCAUUUAUCACCACACUAUUCCGACAUAGCAUUUUGGAUGCAAUGCCUCCGCAAGUAAAAUCCAAACUGGAGGAAGUGGUUGGGCUGACGUCAAUGACCCCACAAGAAUUUAGAGACCACGUAGUCCAUGCGGUUGAGAAAUACCGGAAAGACAAAUGAAGGUUGGCUGAGCAGCAGGAAGCGGUGCAAAGAAAGUUAAUACAAAUGCAGCUCGAAGAACUCAAAAAGAAGGAAAAAGAGAAAAGCAAAAAGAUGCUGCCAGCAACCACCGGUCCGAGUACAGCCAUCGAACUGCAUGAAGCACCGCUAUACGGAGGAACCGAUCAUACUGUUAAGACAAGGGCCGGAAAACCCCAUGCCAAUAAUCAAUGUCUUUGGAGGAGCAUUCCCACAAAUGCCCCAUCAGGAACAGACUAAAUUCAAACAGCCCAGACAGCACUGGAAGUCCCAAGGAGUGGGACAGAGGAGCUAUGGGCAGAGGGGACCAGUGAGGAGACAGGGGGAAAGAGAGGUAGAGAGACUGUGCUGGGGAUGUAAUCAGCCAGGUCAUAUGGGAAGACAUUGUCCAUUUACACCAUGGCCUGUCACACACCAGCAGGAACCGAUAAGAAGGGAACUAAAGUUUAGCCAAGGACCAGCCCCCACAGGCCCAAGCGGACCUUUGAACCCCUAUGCGAGGUAUUAGGGGUGCCCCGAGAACUCGAGUGGGAAGGGACAUUACCCAAUGACAACAAGGGAGGCAGACGAGGAACCCAUUGUUCAGGUUAUGUUAGAAGGACAACUGACACCAAUGAUGAUAGAUAGUGGAGCCACGUACACUUGUGUACAGCCACAGUAUGCCCUUCACCUUCCCAUGACAGGAACGUUUAUUAAGACGGUAGGGUUCUCGGGGAAAACACAGUUGACACAGUGCACGGCUCCAGUGCAGUUGAGAAUGGGAAAUAAAGGAAUUGUUUUGCUGGUGCUAUUAUCUAAAGGAACUCCGAUUAAUUUGUUAGGCAGAGAUGCCUUAUUGAAACUGGAAUUAAAAUUAGAAUGCACCAGAAAUGGGCUGAGUGUGGAAAGAGCAGGGGCUCAAUUGAUAGUGCGAGAAGACAAGGCGGCUAAUGUCUUUUGGAUAGGAGACAUCGCAGAUCAGAUUCAGGAAACCUGGGAAAAAUGGAAAAAGGGCGUGCAGGCUAUAUUAUCCAGGGCUGUAAUGCCCAAAUCUGAGCUACAUUGUACAGUGAUUUUUGACAUAACUCAGAACAGGGAGUUAGAGGAGAGAUGGCACCUGGAGGCAUGUACCCAUGUGAUAAUUGGAAAGCAAGGGGCAGCUUUACAAGUUAAGUGGAACACCUUUUUAGAAAAAUGGUACAGGAUACCGGAGGCUGCGCCCCACGUACCAUUGUUGGUAAACAAGGGAUAUCAGUCUAAAGACUUAGGACCCUUAGUUAAGAGUGCUGAAACCGUAACAGUGUGGAGGAAAAUCACGCCAGAGGUGUGGAUAUCAGAAGACAACAAUUGCAUUAAAAUAAUGGUAAGCGUAGAUAUGGUAGGGACAGUGAGAGAGGUCGAAAUAACUCCCCAACCACACAUGCCAUUGCUGGGAAAGGAAAAAGGCCAGCAGAAAGAUAGAAGGUUAGAUGAAUUGCCAUCUAUUCUGUGGUCACAGCAUGACACAGAUGUAGGGAAAAUAACAACAGCUAGUCCGGUGGAAAUAAGGGUGAAAAAAGGAGCAAUUCCACCCAGGAGACCACAAUACCCUCUAAGACCAGAAGCAGAAGAGGGACAGUGCAAGGGUUGCUUGAAAUACGAGUGCUUAAAAGAACAAACAGUCCAUGCAAUACCCCGUUGCUGCCGGUCUUAAAAGCAGAUAAAUCUAAGUGGAGAUUGGUGCAUGAUUUGCGAGCAGUAAAUGAUGUGGUAGAGGACUGGCCAGCGGUAGUCCCCAACCCACACACGCUUUGACUAAUGUUCCACCAGAAGCAAGUUACUUUUCAGUGAUUGAUUUGUGUUCGGCUUUCUUCAGCAUUCCUCUGGCCGACCAGUGUCAGUAUCUGUUUGCAUUUACUUACAGAGGUGCUCAGUAUACCCAUACCAGAAUGCCGCAAGGGUUUAAACAGUCAGCACAUGUUUUUAAUCAGGUGUUGAAGGCAGACCUAGAGGGCAUACCAUUGUAAAGUACAUUGUUACAGUAUGUGGAUGACCUGUUGAUUUGCUCCCACAGUAAGGAACAGUGUGAGCAGGACACUAUAACCUUCUUAGAGAAGCUGGCGCACGGAGGACAUAAAGUAUCCAAAAAGAAACUUGCAAUUUUGCAUGCAGCAAGUGGAAUACUUAGGCAGGGUAAUAUCCAAGGGAGUGAAGGCGAUAGCACCAGAUCAGAUUGAGGCAAUAACUAAGGCCCCAAAACCCCAGACUGUAGGGCAGAUGAUGAUGUUUUUGGGAAUGGCAGGGUACAGCUCAGAUUGGAUAGGAGAAUAUGCUGAGAUUGUGGCACCUUUGAGAAAGGUGAUGAAAGAAGCAGGACAUACAAAUUUGAAUAACGGCUUACAGUGGAAUGGAGAGGCAGAGAUAGCUUUCAAUUCUAUUAAGCGGGAAUUGCAGUCAGCACCAGCAUUAGCUUUGCCUGACUACGAGAAGGUUUUUCAUUUGUAUGUAUCCAACCGACAGGAGGGUUAUGUCACAGCGGUCUUAACACAAGAGACAGGCACAGGAAAAGCAAAGCAGCCGAUAGCAUACUACAGUACGAGACUAGAUGAGGUGGCUCAAGGGUAUCUACCCUGUUAUCAGGGAUUGGCGGCGCUGUACUAUGCAUAUGAAAAAGCAUCAUCUGUAACCCUGGGCUAUCCUGUGCACACACCACAAAGUAGCAGAAUUGCUGGAAAGAGGGAAAUCUGUGCUGACGCCAGCCAGGAUAGCAGUGUAUCAGAUGCUAUUGACAUUUCCAGACAUAACUAUACAGAGAUGCACUACCAGUAAUAUAGCCGAUUUUGUCCCUUUGGGCUAUGAAGGAGAACCCCAUGAUUGUGUAGGGAAGACGAUGGCAUUUGUCAAAUUGAGAGCAGAAUUACGGUCAGAACCAUUAGAGGAUGCAGAUAAAAAGGUUCUGUUCGUAGAUGGCUCUUGUUAUAGGGAUCAUGAUGGAAAUCACGCAGGGUUCUCAGUAGAGCAGCAGGAUCAGUCGAGCUAUAAGAUUAUUAGGAUGGAGUCCUGUCCCCAACCGUGUUCCGCCCAACUAGCAGAAAUCAAAGCCCUGACAGCUGCGUGUGAAAUGAUGGAAGGUGAGAAAGUAGACAUCUAUACUGAUUUGGCAUAUGCUCAUGGAGUAUGCCAUUUGUUCGGGGCAGUGUGGAAACAGAGAGGUUUUAAAAAAAGUAGUGGAGAUCCCAUACAACAUUGUCAGCGAAUUCUAGAUUUAAUAAAAGCCAUGAUGAAACCUAAAGCAUUGGCUAUAGUAAAAUGCCAGGCACAUAAAAAGGGAAAUGAUGUACUAACAAAGGGAAACCAAACUGCUGACGAGGCAGCCAGAAAAGCGUCUGGAUGUACAUCAGCUGUCAUUGUACCCCCCCACCCCCCAUGUAGGCCUAACUCCAGAAUCUGUGGUAGAGGACCUAAUUGAAAUACAAGGUAAGGCAACUUUGGCAGAACAGACAAUGUGGAGACAAAGGGGGGCCAAGCAGAACCCGGAAGGCUUGUGGAGCAUGGAAGAUGGUUUGUUGGUAGCGCUCACCCCUCUACUGACGAUUCUGAUUUCAGAAGCGCAUGGGAUUGACCAUUGUGCAAGGGGAGAAGUGAUAAAGAACAUAAAGAAGAAUGGUUUUUGGUCACCUUAUUUACAGGCUUCAGUGAACUUUGUCUUGUCACAGUGUGAGGUAUGCGCACAGAAUGCAGGAUCCAGACAUCAGUUAUUUGACUGGUUAGAAAGUAGACUCGGAGGAUGGGGAGCUUGGCUGACCAAAAUGGCAAUAACUGUCAGUAUUAUAUUGUUGAGCUGUGCGCUUGUGCUGUGCUGUUUUCUUCCUUGUCUCAAAUCUCUUGUAGUGUGUGCUGCAACCAAACAAUUUCCGAUGCUCGUGGCAAUUACUGAAGCAAACUUAGUGGAGAAAGAAACACCGAAAAUGUAUCGUUACAGCCUACAACACCUGCAGGAUGAACAAGAGCAAAACGACAGUGUGGGAAUAGAUUGUAAGGGCUUCUGAGUUUUUAUCCCCCGUCUCAGGUACAGAGGGACAGGUUUUUGGCUCAGUGGCCCAGGGUAACAAGGAGAGAAUACUUUGAGGUCUUGGCGCAGAAAAUUAUAGUUUAACCCGAGAUUUGGGAAUAAGUGCUUGAGUUUAUUGGGGCUUUUGUGCGCGGACUCUUAGUCUUCUUUCUCUGUGUGAGCACCUAUGGGUCUCAAAGGGGGGAUAUAUUGGAGUAUAAAAGUUGCCUUGUUUGCUGUGUAACCAAAACUAUAUAGUCAGCUUUGAGCUUGCUAUUUGCUAUGUAUGUAUCUAGCUUAGUAGGAGAAUGAAAUCUUAAGAAUGUAGAAGACAAUGGUGUGUUAAUGAGAGGUAGCUAAGAGAUGUAGAUUAGAACAUGAUUAAGUCAAUGCGUAGAAACAAUAGUGGUGGAUGUACUUGUGAUACGCAACUGUAGACCGAUUGGAUAUGCUAAUGCAACUAAACCAGGAGAUUGCUAUAAAAAAUGCUAUGUACAAGGAUCGGUGGGCAAUCAGCAACUAGCUCAAUGACUGUCUCAGCUUUGAUUUGCAAAUUAAAGUUUAAUACUUUUUGAAGUAUCUUCUGCAUCUCCUGGUCGUUUGUGGGGCACGAGAAACCACAACACCUGUACAUGACCAACAUCCAUCCAUUCAUUGCACAUCUGAAUGUCCAUCAAAACUCCUAUCAAAAGCCACUGUUGUAUAUGCUCCUGCCACUAUCCCUGUCAGCACCCAUCAGGCACUCGGUAAAAAAAGACUUGCCCUACACACAUCCUUUGAACUUUCUCCCUCUUACCCUAAAUGCAUGUCUUUAAGUAUUUGACUAUUUUACCCUAGGCAAAAAAAAAUCUGAUUGUCUAUUUUACCUAUACAUCCAGCAACACUAUAAACAUAUCAGGUUGCCCCUUGGCCUCCUAUGCUCCAGAAAAAAAUAAACCAAGUUCGUCCAACCUCUCCUUAUAGUUCAUACUCUCUAAUCCAGACAGAACCCUGGUAUUUGUUCUGCACCCUUUCCUAAUGCUCCAAAUCCUUCCUACAAUGGGGCUACCAAAAUUGCACACGUUAUUCCAAAUUAACCAAAGUUUUAUAC